ACAUCAAUAAAAUAAUUUUUCAUGGAAUUAUACAAAUUAAUUAAAACAAAAUUUUGGAAGGGGAAGAGAUUUGGAAAAUCAAAGAGCACGUUUCAAUUUUAAUUGAGCCAAAAAAACGACGUCGUACUAUAAGCAGUGAGCUUCUUCUUCCUUCCCGCGCACGCAGUAAGACGAAAAAUGGAAGAUCCGAGAAAAUCCGCCAUGAAUUUCUUCUCCGAUCAAGAACUCUGCUACGCCGAUAUCCUACCUCCUUCUCAGGUCUUGCCGAGAAUCGAAGUUGCGGUUCUCAAUUUUCUCAGAAUCUUAACUUCUCCUGCUCCGGCAAUCUCAGGCCUUCCACUGAUUUGUAGAAAUUCGAGCAAUGGCCGAGUGAAUCAAGGAAUUUCAACUGAAGUUCCAUUGAUUUUCCUUUCUCGAUCUCUCUGCAAUAGGUCUCUAAUGCGAUCCACCGCUACCAAAGCCUUUAUCAGAGUGUGGAAGGUAAUGGAAAUGUGCUAUAAAAUUUUAGCACAAGAGAAGCGAGUAACGCAGAGGGAGCUCUUCUAUAAGUUGAUCUGCGAUUCUCCUGAUUACUUCUCGUCUCAGCUGGAGACUAACAGAACCAUUCAAGAUGUUGUGGCAUUGCUGAGGUGUAGCCGGUACAGUCUUGGAAUCAUGGCAUCGAGCAGAGGACUUGUUGCAGGCCGUCUGUUGUUGCAGGAGCCUAACCAAGAGGAGGUGGACUGUUCUGUGUGUGGAUCUUCUGGGCACGCUAUUUCUGGUGACUUGAAUCUUUUGGAUCAGCUAAUAAUGAAAACAGAUGCACGCUACAUAAUAGUAGUGGAAAAGCAUGCAAUAUUCCAGCGUCUAGCAGAGGAUCGAUUUUUCAAUCAAAUUCCAAGCAUUCUAAUCACAGCUAAAGGCUAUCCAGAUAUUGCCACAAGGUUUCUCCUUCACCGAAUGAGCCGGGUUUUCCAUGAUUUACCAAUUCUGGCAUUGGUUGACUGGAACCCAGCUGGAUUGGCUAUUUUAUGCACAUUCAAGUAUGGAAGUUUCGGCAUGGGAUUGGAGGCUUAUCGAUACGCUUGCAAUGUAAAAUGGUUGGGACUGCGAGGCGAUGAUAUAGAGCUCAUACUCGAAGAAUCUUUAGUUCCAUUGAAACCGAAAGAUCUGCAAAUCGCUAAAAGCUUGAUGUCAUCAGAUAUCUUGCAGGAAGAAUACAAAGAAGAGCUAGCACAAAUGGUUCAGCGUGGGCAGAGAGCUGAAAUUGAAGCUCUGUAUUGUAACGGGAAAACCAGCAUUUUCAUGGGGUCUAUGAUCGGUGACUGGCCCUCUUACAACCCCCACAACUUUAGCCAACUCAGACCCUCUGAUCCUUCCACCCCUUCAAAGAUGACACUUACAACCUAUCAUCCCACACACAACCAGACUCUUCCACCCCCUGAUCAAGUGAUAACUACCGAAUCUAAAAAUAUCCUUCUAAGGCAAAUGUAUCAGCGCGCUGAAGAGAAGUUGCAGUUAAGACCAAAAAGAGCCGCUUCAGAACAUCUUUUACCGGAGCAUGGAUGCAAACAACAAAGGGCAUCUGUCCAAGAUCCUUCGAAUUGAGCCAAAAUGCCUCGAUACAUGCUAUCAAUGAAUUCCCAAUAGCCAUACGGCGUGCAUUAACUGCAUGCUACUGUCGAACGAAGCAGGUAGGUUCCUGCCACACACAACUCGUAAAUGUUGAAAAGAUUGUAACUUUGUACAGAAAGCCAAGCUUAAAGAUCUGUGUCCCUCUUGAAAUGAAUUGCUAUAAUGUCUAGCUAAGAGUUUGCUUUAUGCUACACUUGUUUUAUGCCUCAACUACUCGAAAAAUCUGCAUUUUCUGAGAAGCGGUUGGGGUGUGUCGUCAAUACGAAAAUUCAACAUGAAGUUAUUCCUUAACUCUAGACUAGUUGAACUAUGUUUCCAACCAUGGUGGUGAUGAGAACUCAUAUCCUAUUGAUGGCCAAAUUGUGGAUAGGAUUGAGGGCCAAAAAAUAAAUGUGCCUUUAUAUAUAAGGCUACAUGAAAUUGUGUGUUUUUAAAUUAUUUAUUUUCAUGCUAAAAAUGAAAGUUGUGGUUCAUAGUGAACAAAGGCAUAAGAUGUGAUGAUCAAACAAAAUGAUAUAUACUUGGAACAAUAAUUAUGACAUUUUGUAACAUUUUAUGACUUGUUUUUCUUGAGGUAAUUAAAAAAAGUAUCUCAUUUUAUGACUA